UGACAUUUGACAACUACUAUCAUUUAUCGUCAAAGUGAGUAAACGGCCGACGCGUAUUUUAUUAAAUCCAGCGAUCGAACCAGUUUAGUUUACCAUUAACAAUUGCUAAGAAAAUGGAGCAACUACGCUUUGACGGUCGUGUCGCUGUGGUGACCGGAGCCGGUGGUGGAUUAGGCAAAGCCUACGCCUUACUUUUAGCAUCAAGAGGAGCUAAAGUGGUAGUUAAUGAUCUUGGAGGUGGCAGGGAUGGCAGUGGAAAGUCAACAUUUGCGGAUGCUGUUGUUCAAGAAAUCAAGAGCAAAGGUGGUGAAGCCGUAGCUGAUUACAACUCGGUUGUCGAUGGGGAGAAGAUAAUAAAAACGGCUAUAGAUAAUUUUGGACGUGUUGAUAUCAUUAUCAACAAUGCUGGUAUACUCAGAGAUAAAAGCUUCAGUAAAAUGUCUGAACAGGACUGGGAUCUGAUACAAGCUGUACAUUUGAAAGGUGCUUUUAAAACUACUCAUGCUGCAUGGGAGAUAUUCAGAAAGCAAAAGUAUGGUAGAGUUAUUAUGACCUCCAGUAAUGCUGGCCUUUUCGGAAACUUUGGCCAGGCUAACUACAGCGCAGCUAAAUUGGGGCUGGUUGGUCUUGCAAACACCCUGGCUAUUGAGGGUGCGAAAUACAACAUCAAGGUGAACACUAUCGUGCCCACGGCCGCCUCCAGACUCACCGAGGACAUCCUGCCUCCGGAGAUGUUCCAGGCUAUGAAACCAGAACUCAUCGCUCCAGUUGUCGCUUAUAUGGCGCAUGAAUCUUUCCCGGACAAUGGCAGUGUUAUCGAUUCUACAUUGGGUUUCGCCACCAAAGCGCACCUUGUGAGGUCUCAAGGAUCAGUACUAAAGAAAAAACCCGCGGACGCUGUUACUAUAGAGUCCGUAAAGGAGGCGUGGCCUCAAGUUGUGAACAUGAACAACGCUACACAUAAGGAGAAAAUAGCGGAAGUCACCGUGGAAUUGGUUGAAAAGUUACAAGAGUUCGAGGAGAGGAGUAAAUUAGAAAGUGUGAAUGAAGCGUAUUGGUCUACAUACAAUUACAAUGCUAAGGACCUCGCUUUAUAUGCUCUCGGAAUUGGGGCUUCCGUCUUAAAUGCUAGUGAUUUGAAAUUCUUGUAUGAGAGCCAUGAAAACUUUUCCGCUCUGCCCACCUUCUUCAUUUUACCGGGUAUGGUGAUGGAGUCACCCGUCGUCGGCAAGUCCAUGCCGCCGGGAAAACAUGCAGAUUUUACUAACAUCCUCCAUGGCGAACAGUAUAUAGAGUUCGUGGGAGAGUUCCCGGGCACUGAGGGAGAGUUCACGAUACGUAACUACGUAGUCGACAUUCUCGACAAGGGGUCCAGUGCAGUGGCCAUUGUCAACAGUGAGAUAUUCCAGAACAAGAGCCUGGUUCUCCGCACUCAGCAGCACAUCUUCGUGCUGGGGCAGGGCGGGUUCAACGGGCCGCGCAACUCCAGCAAGGCGGUCAACGUGGCCGCGGCGCCCAAGCGCGCGCCCGACGCCGUCGUUGAACAGAAGACCAGCGAAGACCAAGCAGCACUUUACAGAUUGUCAGGUGACCUGAACCCGCUGCACAUUGACCCCAACGUGGCGACGGCGGCGGGGCAUCAGAAGCCCAUCCUGCACGGACUGGCCUCGCUCGGCUUCUCCGUGCGACACGUCCUCGCCAAAUAUGGUGGUAACGACUCGUCUCUAGUGAAGAGUGUGAAGGCUCGUUUCGCGAAGCCCGUGCUGCCGGGACAGACGCUCGUCACGGAG